AUGGCUGCUCGUAACCGUAUUCUCAAAGAGCUGAGAGGCUUAGAGAAGGAGACUUUGGACGGGAUAAACAUCGAGCUAACAGAUAAUAUCUACGUUCUCUUCGCCACAAUAUCAGUAGAUGGAAACCCGCUGUAUAAGGACCAGGUUUACAAGGUGAAGUUUACCAUCACAGAGGAAUAUCCAUUCACGCCUCCAGCGUGUAUGUUUGUCAAGGAUAUUGAUCGGGGAAUCGUUUCGAUACCAAUACAUCCACAUAUAUAUACAAACGGUCACAUCUGCCUUGAUCUGCUGGGGACCGCAUGGACACCUGUUCAUACCAUCAGAAGUAUACUCUUAUCGCUCCAUUCAUUCCUGGCCUCGAAUACAAGGUCAGAGAGACCGCCAGAUGAUUCGUCUUAUUUUAAACACGCUCCGAAGAACCCAAAGGACACGAGAUUUGUAUACCACGAUGAUACAGUGUAA